GAUGACGACACGUGCGGCAAUCCCUCUGGUUCCUGUAUGCUCGUAUACACCGACGACGGGGGGGAGCAGGGCGGAAUCAAAACUGGGCCCGAGCUGGGUGCCACGUGGAUCGAGUGAGGCAAUCCUUGGCCCGAGCUUGGUGCCACGUGGACCGAGAAAGAAAUGGAGCAAGCAGCAGAUCUCCAUUUGCGCAUGGGAAGCGAAGCCGCCACGUGCCAAUCGAGGAGCAGAAGGUCGUCGACCCGACAGGCUGGCUCCGCCGUCACCUGGAGUGCAAGGCCAAGGUCAGCUCCCCAGGCGGCGCGCAGAGAAUAGCACUGAGAGGCAUUCGGUAUUGCCACGUGGCAUGUCGAGGGCAGCGGCUUUGCUCGUGGGCAAAGUGGGGGUCGAAGGGGUGCUGUGCGCGAGCUGCAGCCGGUUUCAGCGCAACAACAGCGGCAGCAGCAGCAGCAGCAGCAAAUUUCAGCCCGUCCAGGACUCAUCUCGUCUCAGCGGGAAAGCACCGCCACGUGUCGUCACGAGGGAAUCGCCACGUGUCGGCACGACGGCAACGCCACGUGUACGUACACAGACGUGGCAGUCGAGACCGCAGGCUCAUAGAGUGGCGGAGGUAUUAGCGACCAACAGGCAGAGAUCGAAGGGUGAUGGGUUUCCAGAAACACCCAUCAAGGGGGUUGUUCACGUCAGGGACAGCUAUGUUCGGGUCGCGCGACGAGCAAGCAAGGGUUUUCCGGACGUCUUCGUCGGGAUCGGGACCGUCGAUUGCGGCGGGAUCAAGGGAGGAGGAGGAGGCGGUGAUAGAGGGAGGAGAGAACCCGGGGGGGGCGUGAUAAGUAAGAAGGCGUGGGGCCGUAAUGGGGGCACGGUAGGCGCGAAGUGGAGGAGCAGUGGUGACGUGGCGGGAAAAAGAUGUGCGAGAGGGUUAUCACUGGUGCGAAGGCAAGCAGCGGUAAAUGAUCAGGGCGAGGGGGAUCCCGACGCUGCAAAGAAGGGGAAGGGGGGCUAUGUCGAAGAGGGGGGAGAAGAUAAGGAGGAUGACGUGGCAGUUGAUGGUCGUGAGGACAAAAAGACGGGAGCUUUGGUGCCAGGUGGCACUGGUGGCGGAGACGAAGGAGGAGUAGGAGUAGGAGGAGGAGGAGGAGGAAUGUCGCGCUUCCAGAGUGAACUUAGUAUUGCUGUCGCACAGGGCGACAGCGGUAAUUGUCCCAGCAGCGGUGAGGACGAAGAGCUUGUCGCACAGAAUGGCGAUGGCGGCGGCAGAGGGGUUGUCGCGGAUAUUUCAGAGGAUCUCCUAUCUAUGUUGUCUUCUAAUAACGAAAUGGACAAGGGUUCCAUGUCCAUCUUUCCCAAGACACUGAAGGUCGGUGAUGGUUCAGGUACAGGUCUCCAACGACCGGUCGGCGAGAGUAUGAUUGAGAGGAAUUUAAGGAAGAGAAGAGAACGGGAGUUACAGCAGCAGCAGCAGCAGCGGGAGGAGGAGGAAGCAAAGAAAGAACAAGGACAAGCAGUAGAUUAUGCGCCUCUCGAUUCUUCUUCUCCCUCCUCCUCCUCCUCCUCCUCCUCCCCCUCCUCCUCUUCCAACUCCCCCCUAUUUACGGUGGGAAUGGCUUCCGAAGGGGAGGAGGGGUCAUCGGCAUCCUCGGCUCUGAGUGGGGAGGGGCCGUCGUCCUCGGCGAUCCCCUCUCUGUCUCUUUCUGAGAGUGGAAGCUAUGGCGAUGAUAGCGCUUCUGAUGAUGUGUACAUCGCUGAUUGGUACACGAUGGCAGAGGACGAGAGAUGGUUAGUCCGGCUAGAUCAGAAUGAGAGGGACUGGGCGAUCCUUGAGCGACUGGUCGAUGCUCAUGGUGACGAAGGCGGCGGGGAAGAGAGAGGUCGAGGUCCCGACAAUCCGCCGUCGGACUCCCCGACGACGACGCCGGUGCCACGUGUCUCGCUGGACGAUCGCCACGUGCUCUGGGCUCUCGUGUCGUACUUGCUAAAGCGCGAAGAAGAAUCUUUGAUGCGUCUUCAAGCCGCCCUCUCUUCUGGGGCAUCUGAUGAGAGUCUGGAGGCCAAGAUGGCUGUGCUGUCUCCUUUUCCUCCGCCGAAGGAUGGCAGUCCUGCUGCUGCUGCUACCGCUGCUGCUGCUGCUGCUCGCGGUUUGCUGCGGGAUGAACUGGCAUCCAUCGUCAAUCCGAGUGAAGAGGACGACGUGGCCGUUCGAUUCCUUACGUUGGCUCUUCGUCAUCAAGGCAUGCCGUUGAGUGAUUUCAUCUACGAUAUGGAAGGCGUGUGUAUCAGCGAUCAGCCGCAAAAGACAAGUCUUGGGUAUGAACUCGAGUUAAUUAGACGGAUAUUCCUGUCCCGGGGUAAAUACCCUCAUCUUGCCAGAUUAGGAAAGAUCAAGACCGACCUCAUUCGACGUGUCCUCAAGCCGGCGGGGUUCCUAGUGGAAUCAACAGAGAAUCUUCCUCUGGGAAUGGCCAUCUUCGGCGAUUUCGAGGACGUCCACGAAGAAAUUGUGAUCGACGAGAACGGUGUUCAGACCAAGCUGAACGGUAAACCCUUCUCCUCGUCACACGUGGUAGGAGAGCGAACAGGUGGAGGGGAAGGAGCAGCAGGGGAUGGCAAUCAGAAGGAGGAGGCGGCGAAGAAGGAAAAGGAGGAGGUUGUGGGGUAUUGGGGAGAAGACGGAUAUGUAGUUUGGGAGGUGGAGGAGGAGGAGGUGGUGGAUUUGGAAGAUUUCAGGCAGCAGGUCCAGCGCCAAUUAGAUGUCAUGUUCCCAGGAUUGGUCUUAUCCGUUCGUCCAUCCCUGGUAGACGACGGACCGGUAUUGCUGGUGGGUCCGGCGAACGAGUUCUUCACCCUGAGCUUCCCGCUAUGGGUGAAGAUGAUGGCUUCGCUGUCGCUCUGCGGUGCUGCCACGUGGAUGUCCCUCAAUCUGUCUGGAAUGCAGAUGCUUGCACGCGAUGACGUGGCACCUUGGCUUCUGGCCAUGGUGCCAGCUGUCCUGUUGUCCGUGAUUGGCGGAGGAUGGCUCGCUCGUAAGGCCGCUGCUCUCGCACAUCGGCUGCCGAAUGCCCCCGACCCGGGUUUCCCCCUCCCCUCCCCUCUCGUUGGCGCUCUGGGAGUUGUCACGACCUACAAAGGAGUGCUCAGCAACAGAGCUUGCCAGAUGGACCUCUCGUUUGCCGCCACGUUGGCAAUGGCCGGGAUCUCGGCCGCUGCCAUCGCCCUCGGGUCGGGCUCGAACUGGGAUUCCUUGUCGUUUGCCCUCUGGGGUCAAGCCGGGCAGACACUACUGGUGCCUGAGACGGUGGUUCAUCACUCUGCAACUCUGACAAAACUGUCAGAGAUUUCGUCUUUUGGGGUCUUGGUAGGAGAGCACGAUGAGUCACUGUUAAUGAUGAGUCCGCUGGCUCUGGGGGGGGUUCUGGGGCUGAAUUGCGCGGCUUUUGGGAUGAUACCGACCAGGCGGCUGGAUGGGGCAAGGCUAGUCGAGUCAGCUCUCGGGGUGCAGAUCGGACAGUUCGUGUCCGACUUGGUGGCCCUGACGGUGGCAAUCGGGUUGCUGGCGAAAGGCAGCGCCUCUUUGGCAGCCUCGUGGGCCGUGUGGAUGCUGGCCUGGCGCAACUACAGCGAGAGAUUGAGCACUAGGGAUGAGCUGACUGACCCCGGAUUGCUACGGAUUGGCUUUGUAAUCGUCCUGUUGCUAGGGGCUGGGCUCGUCUUGAUUCCAUAAGAGAGAGAGAGAGAGAGAGAGAGAGAGAGAGAGAGAGAGAGAGAGAGAGAGAGAGAGAGAGAGAGAGAGNCUCUCUCUCUCUCUCUCUCUCUCCUCGAACUAUCUUUGGGGAAAUGAAGGAGUGCUCUCACU